AUGGGUAAUGAGCCGUUCUAUUUCUUGUUACGAUUCACCGAUCCAGAGGUGAAAUAUGAUCGAUUAGCCAUUUCGGAGACGGCGGGGUAUUCGAUCAGGAGGAAUCUUGCGAGUGCGUUUUCGUUGCUUGGUGUCUCUGGCACAAAUACUCACUCGAUGGAGUCUUUUAUUGGUGACGUUGUGGAUCCGAGGUUAUUGGGUUUUGACACUGGUUCGGGGAUUGGGGACGGAUAUUACGAUCAAUUUUAUGCAUUCAUCCCCGAUGACGCAGCCAAGCUGCCGAGGCAGUUAUAUGAGAUAGCGAGAGAGUUAGUCGAAACAUCACGAUCGCUGCGUCUUGAUUCUGGGGAUGGAGCGGAUAUUCUCGACCUCACGGAGCUGCAUACAUUGUUCACCGUUCAGAAUCUUACCGUGUUUGUCACAGCUUUCUUCCAUUCCCUGCAUUGGCAUAUGCCCGUCGUGCACUGUCCAACAUUCGAUCCGGCCAAUGUAUCGAAUUGUCUUCUUUUAGCUAUUUUCUUAGCUGGGGCAGUGUAUACUAUCCCGUGCAGUGGCUCUGAUCUAUUACUACCAUCCCUGCUCAGCGUUGCUGAGGAGUAUGUUUUCCGCAGGGUUGCCACAGCAGCAACGACAUUAAACGACCACCCGAUCAAAGGCUCAACGAUAGAAAUAGUUCAGGCAGCACUUAUACUUGAGAUGCUUCAAUUCUCUCAGGGAGAUCCGCAAACCAGGCGACGGAUUCGAAUUAUUAGACAUCCGUGCUUGGUGUCUACGAUACGGUCUAUGGGGUUGUUUCAUUAUAAGCGGAGGGAGGCUCCGGUGGUUUGUGAUGGUGAGAAUAAAUGGAGGGAUCUUGCGGCGGAGGAGGUUUGUAUUCGGGUUGCUUGCUGGGCAUUCCUUGCAGAUGGCUUUUUGACUGUAUGCUUCAAGAACCAUCCAUCAUUAUCAAUAUUUGAGAUGGAUUGUGAUUUUCCGUGGAGUACUGAACUGUUUGAGUCUGAGAAUGUGUCUACAUUCAACGAUACCGUCACUAUUCAUACGACUGUGCCGUCACUUCCUACGCUCCGCAAAGUUGCGGAGGGUUUGCUCCAGAUGCCUUCUUCUAAUCAACACAUAUCCUGGGGUCGAUCUUUAUCUGUAGAGCACCUCCUUAUGCUGAUAUACGCGAUGAACUCUCUCGCCUUUCAAGCCCGAUCCGGUCUACUCGGGUUUAUAUCAAUAGACAUCAUCAAACACGCCGCCAUGAACUGGCACAAAUUAUGGAAAUCCGUCCUAAGUCAUCUCCAUCAUAUCAAUGGCGUGACAACGACAGAAAACUUGCAUCUAGGAUAUCCGAAACAUGCAGAGGAAUUAUGGUGGUUGUUGAUGACUACACUUGAUGCUACUACUAAUCAGACGCAGAACAAAGGGAAAAGGUUUCAGUAUUUGGAUAGUGCUGCUACGGAUGAUUUGGGGAAGUUGAAUGAGUUUAUUCUAUCUGCUAGGGGAAGGAAAUCUUCAAUAUGA